AAAGCCUCUCUCAUCUGUUUUAAUAGGUAUCGUAAAUUAGUAUCAUAAAUUGUCACACCGUUUUCCUUCCUGAAGAUUUAUCUGCGUGAACCUACAUUGAACCAGUCCUUCUUUUCUGCUGAGCCUCUUUCUCAUCUAUCUAUCUUAAUAUGAAUGGAGGCAUUGUUAGAAAAUGUGUCGCUUUAUUCUCUGAGAUCUCGUAACUGCUUUCAGAAUCAACUCACAGAGGUCAUGCCAGUAGAUGUGAGGAUAAGAUCCACAAACAAUCGUGAUCGGAUUGUUUCAUACCAACAACAAACGCAAUGACUGUGAAACCUGAAAGACCUGUUCAUCUCUGCACUGCUCUUGCAUAAGCAUUUGAAUAAUUUGAUUUAUGGGAAAGGAGGAUGUGGUUUAGUUUCAGGAUUUGAAAGGGUUUUAGUAGCAAGUCUGCAUGCAGCAUGUGACAUUGUUUUCAGUGUUUAAGAGAUGAUGGGACUUUAUUUUCUGCUCAAACUCACAGUCUCUGCUAUUUUACUCUGCAGUAGACCAGCAGGUGGCUAUGUAUAUCAGAUGAUAUAUGACUGUGAGUAUGGUGACAACAUCACCGACAUGGUCUUCUUUGUAAAAAACCUAUUUAACCAGAAGAUUAACACCCAGUAUGACUCUCGGGUUGGGAAGUAUGUCGGCUUUGGAGAAUAUGGCAUGACGAACGCUGCCCAUUAUAACAGCCAGCAGUGGAAAAUGGAUGAAAGAAAAGCUCAAGUGGAGACUCUUUGCAGAUACAACGCAAGAUUAUUCAGAAGGAGCACACUGGAUCGAAAAGUGCGUCCGACUGUCAAGGUCCAUGAGCCCGAGCCAGCUGACUACGGGAAGCGGUCCAUACUUGAGUGCAGCGCUAUGGGGUUCUUCCCUCAGGAAAUGAGGCUGAGCUGGCUGAGAGACGGCGUAGAGGUCACCACUGAUGUGUCGUCUACAGAUGUCUUGGCCAACGGGGACUGGAGCUUCCAGCUGCACUCUUACCUGGAGUUCACACCCAGAAGAGGGGAGAGGGUGAGCUGCAGGGUGGAGCACAGCAGCCUCAGAGAGAGCCUGGAGGUGGACUGGGGUAAGGGUCACCCUGGAAGAGAAAACACGCUCAAAUGGUGA